AUGACGACCACCCCCCAUGGCUAUUCGGACGAGAAGGUCCCAGAGAUCGAGGUCCUUCCAGCCCCAGCUACUUCAGCACCUCCUGCGAGACGAACCAGUUUCACCAGCCGACUGCUCAGAUUCGUGGUCACCGUCCUCGGCGCCAUUCUCGUCUUCAAAGCGCUCUGCAACAUCGUCGGUUUUCAGUCUAGGAGCUUCUCGAGACCGUGUCACGGUAUGAACCACCAAGUUCCCGGCCACAGCGCGCAGCUGUUUGACGAUGACGGCCACCACCAACACCCGUUCCCACCUAUUGACGAUUGGAAACCGUUCAACGGCACCACUCACUUCGAGUUCGAGCCCGCCCAGGCCAGUGGCCUCUCCGUCCGAGGAGCAAACGUCUUUGGGAAAGUCGUCUUUGAAACGUCCAAGUUCUCCGACAAGGUCGUGAUUGACUUGGACAUCAAGACCAACAAGAAGGACAAGCACGGCGACGUGACGAUCAAGGAGGACAAUGGCCACCUCACCAUCAACACUCCACCGUCGGGCAAACUCGAGACUCACACGGCCGUCACCAUCCAGAUCCCGUCCAACAUUAUUGGAGAGUUUGCCCUUCCGCGAUUCGAAGUUGACGUUCCACGCCACAUGGUCGACUUCAGCCAACUGCCCCAGUCUCUGGAGAUCGGCACCUUCACGAUCCGAGUUGGGAAGGGCUUCGUCAAGCCAGGCCCUGUGCAUACCAACACGACCCAAGUCUCCAUCGGCAACGGCGCUCUCCGCGGCACCUUGACGCACGCACGCUACGAGACCAAUGUCAACAUAGGCAGAGGUAAUGUGACCCUCAACAUCCCCUCAAUUUCUUCGGGCAACCAAGGCUCGACCCACAUCCAACUCGGCCACGGGCACCUGAACGGUAGCCUGGCGAUCUACAAUUCGACCAACAUCGACAUCGGCAGUGGCAACAUCUACGUCAACGUGGCCUUCAAGUCCGCGACAACGCGAGCCACGCUCUCGACUCGAAUUGCGUCGGGCGACUCGCGUGUCUUUGUCGACUCCAUCGCCGCAGAGCGAUUGUUCGAGGCAUCCCACACGUCCGUGGCGGGCGACCAGCUGAUCACGUACCCUGCCAACUUCCAAGGCACGGUCGAUGCGCGCGGCAUUGUCGGGGACAUCAAACUCGAGGGCAAGGACCUGGCCGUGGAGAAAGUCGUUGGCGGCAUAGUGGGCCGACAGGGCGACAGCAACCGGAAUUCGGUGAGUGUCAAGACCGUCCGGGGCAAGCUUGAUAUUCUGGUCGGUGAUGAGGCUUCGGCGCAGACGGGCCACGGGCGUUAA